UGAAGCUAGACUGUCACAUCUGAAACUUCCUGGGGUGAAAUGCAUGCAAGAACGAAACAAAAUCAAAAUACUUAAUUCAACCAUGUAAUUCGUCGUAUGAUUGCACGUUUGUAACGACUCAAGCUACUUAAACAGAUAGUGUUAGCAGUUAUUCGGAAGAGAGCGGGGUUUCUCCCGGGGGUUUGGCUGUUGUUUGAGGACUCGUUUGGGUGUCUUGAGCAGGAGGAGGAGGAGGAUGUGACUGCUAUGUUGACAGUGACAUCAGCAGCUAGUGACCUGUCUUUCUAGCUCCGUAAAUCACUGUAAAAGCACGGCAUGUAGAGAUCAAUCACUUGUGCUGCAGAAAGGUGGGCGUCCAGGGCUCUCUGACUGGUGCUGUAAGUGGUGCUGGCUGCCAAGAUCAUGAAGAUCCGCUGGUCGAAGAAGGUGGCUCUCCUAGCAAAGGUCUGCUUCUUUCUGUGUCUGCUGUGGCUCUUCUACCUCCUUGUAGUCCGUUCUGCCCCCUCAUCUCAGGCCGAUAAUGACGGUGAACGUAACAUCCUAGUUCGGAACGUUCCUUCCCUCACAGUGGAGUACUCCAACAGACUCCUGCAGCCUGUUUACGAGAAACUCCCACCAGACUCCAACGCCCCUGGAGAAUAUGGCAGACCCACUCGACUGACCCUCAGCCCUGAGGACAAGAAAGAGGAGGAGGCCAGUAUUGAGCGCUAUGCCAUUAACAUCUUCAUCAGUGACAAGAUCUCCCUGCAUCGCCACAUCCAGGACAACAGGAUGCAUGAAUGCAAAGCAAAGAAAUACAAUAUCAAUCGUCUGCCCACUACAUCUGUGAUCAUAGCAUUUUACAAUGAGGCCUGGUCCACUUUACUCAGAACCAUUCAUAGUGUGCUGGAAACCACACCUGCCGUUCUACUGAGAGACAUCAUACUUGUGGAUGACUUCAGUGACAGAGGCUAUCUGAAGUCACAGCUGGCUCAGUAUGUCAGUAAUCUGGAGCGCGUUCGUCUCAUUCGCACCAAAAAAAGAGAAGGUCUGGUACGGGCACGGCUCAUUGGUGCCACCUAUGCUACAGGACAUGUGCUCACCUUUCUUGACUGCCACUGUGAGUGUGUGCCUGGUUGGAUUGAGCCACUGCUGGAAAGAAUUGCAGAGAAUGAGACCACCAUCAUAUGUCCAGUGAUUGAUACCAUUGACUGGAACACAUUUGAGUUCUACAUGCAGACUGAUGAGCCCAUGGUGGGCGGCUUUGACUGGCGGCUGACAUUCCAGUGGCACGCUGUGCCUGAAAUUGAUCGCAAGAUACGCAAAUCCAGAAUUGACCCCAUUAGGUCUCCUACUAUGGCUGGAGGCCUAUUUGCCGUCAGCAAAGCCUACUUUGAGUAUCUGGGCACAUACGACAUGGGCAUGGAGGUGUGGGGAGGAGAGAAUCUGGAACUUUCCUUUCGGGUGUGGCAAUGUGGGGGGUCUUUAGAAAUUCACCCAUGCUCCCAUGUGGGUCACGUUUUCCCCAAGAAAGCCCCAUAUUCCCGAUCUAACUUCCUUCAGAACACAGUCCGUGCUGCAGAGGUCUGGAUGGACUCCUACAAGAAUCACUUCUAUAACCGAAACCCCCCGGCACGCAAGGAAUCUUAUGGGGAUAUUUCUGAAAGAACUGUACUGCGGAAGCGGCUCCAGUGUCAGAGCUUUGAAUGGUACCUGCAGAACAUUUACCCUGGCCUUCAUGUGCCAGAGGACAGGCCUGGCUGGCAUGGAGCGGUGCGUAGUGUUGGCAUCCACUCUGAAUGUCUAGACUACAACGCACCUGACCACAAUCCCACAGGAGCUCACCUGUCCCUGUUCGGCUGCCACGGUCAGGGUGGUAAUCAGUACUUUGAGUACACGUCUCAGAAGGAGAUCCGCUUUAACUCUGUGACUGAGCUUUGUGCUGAAGUUCAGGAUGGAACGACACACAUAGGAAUGAAGCACUGCCCACAAGAUGGAGUUCUCAGACCUCCCAGCAUCAUUUGGGAGUUCAAGCAUGAUUGGAGCAUAUAUCAUCCGCAUUCAAAUAUGUGUAUCACCAUCUACCGCACAUCAGAUGGCCGUGCAGACAUCCAGAUGAGAAGUUGCACUCCUGGAGACAAACAACAGCAUUGGCAAUUCGAGUGACCUUAAACCCUAUGUGAACUUGGAUGUUAGUGCAAUUAUCAAGGAGAAUGUCUCCUUAGAAACAUGGCUUGGAAUAAAAAAGGAAAGAACAACAGGCAUAUAUAUGGGACGUAUGCUGCAAAUAGUGCCUUUGCAAACCAAAGUGGAUGUAAACUUAUCGUGCCAAUCUUUAUGUGUUGUUGUUUAUUUUAAUAUGUUAUUACAAGUACGACACACAUAUUACAACUUUUAAUGACACAUUGUAGCAAGUUCAACCAUCCAACAAACAUAUUGUUAUGUUGGUCCAGCAUUUUUGUUUACAUUGAUGCACUAUUAUGCUUUAAGUGAAUCCUUUUUAAACUCAGCAGUAGAUACCUUUUAGCUAUACUGCACAGCUGUUUUAUUUAAUCGUUGCAGAAGUGACUGAUUUUAAGGAUGUUGUGAGUGGGAUUGUCUUGAUUGUGGGCUCUUGUUCUUCGGUCUUAUUUUUGUCUCAUUUGUGGUUGUAUUUUUGUAAUACUAGGUUAUUUAAGUAUUUUCCACCUUGUGCAAGCUGCAUGGAUGUUUUUGGAACACUGGUGUUGAUGGAACUGUAAGAUCAAAAAUCUUUUGUGGCUGUCUCACUCAAGAGACCAGACAAACUAACAUCAUUGUGCGAAUGGAUUGCAAACAGAAGUAGUAAACGCACUUCAAAGUUGUAAAAAUGUAAAACAGUGUGCUAAAACGUGGACCAAACUCUGUUCUUUCUUGAUACAUUUUGUUCCCUCAGUGUCAUACCAAUUUAGAAUUUUACCACAUUCUUCUUAACUACAUAUAUUGGGGUUUAUACGCUUUACCCUUGAACUUAAAGGAGUAGGUAACAUUUACUCACCCUCAUGUCAUUCUAAACCAGUAUGGCUUCCUUCUGUGAAGUGCAAAAGAUGUUAAUGUCAAUGAAUCAUGACUAAGGCUAACAUUUUGCCUAAAGACUCUUUUUGCAUUCCACUGAAGAUGGAAAGACAAACAUGUUUGGGACUGCAUGAGUGUGAGUAAAUGAUGACUGCAUUUAUGAUUUUUGGGUGUACUAUCCCUUUAAAUUGUCCAACCUUGAACAAUAGUUUUCUGUUUACAGUUUUAAAGUAAUUUAUGAACUCCACAUAAAGUGCCUCAGCCAGAUCACUUUCACAAAAGUGCUCUUUUUUUAUAUAUUAAAGCUAUCAGCUUUGUCCAUCUGAAUACCACAGUAUUUUAAGGUAUACUUUUGGCCAAAAGUAUUUAAAUUAAGUGCUUUAAUCACAAAGGUCUUCCAUUCAGAAUUCUAUGUGAAACACUUAUCAGUGUUUCUCUGUUCUGCAAUAGCUAAAAUAUGAUCUUGAGAUCAGUUUAGAUUUCAAAACACACUUACAAAUAGGCUACAGAUUAAAACAAAAUUAAUACAGUAUAUUGUAAAUUAUUGUGAUUAGAUAACUUUAAAAAUGACCCUUUAUGGCCUUUAUUUUUGCACUAAAAUGUGUUUAAAAUUGAAAAGUGAUUUUAGGUCAUCCUUGAAAAGUCAUUGGAGUAAAUGUUUUAAUGGGACUGUGGGACAGUUUAUAAUGUACGUCAUUUUUAAUACUACUGAUAAAGCACAGAUCUUGGUGAUCAUUUCUUUUGUUGAUUGACUGUAAUGAAGUAUUUUUGGAACUUGGAAAAUAAGUGCAAAUUAUUUUUAUCUCAGCGCAUU